GGGCAUGAAUCAAAAAUGAUCGGUUAAAUUAAAAUAUGUUGAUGCAUUAUGGGAAACCAGUAUUUCCGUUGUAAAGGAAUGGAACCGAUCGAAUAUACGUUACUCGGGUUAGCUAUCGUUUUAUUUGGAGCAUGGUGUUUUGUUAUGUCAUUUCAUCUAUUAGCUAUAUGCUAUGGGAAAUGGAAGUUACAUAAACAUCCCACCAUGCCCCCUGAAAAGGGGUUACCAGGAGUCUCAAUAUUAAAACCACUUACUGGGGUAGAUCCUCACCUAUAUAGUAACUUAGAAACAUUCUUCAAAAUGGAGUAUCCAAAGUAUGAGCUCCUGUUUUGUGUUGGAGAGGAGGGGGAUCCUGCCAUAAUGGUAGCCCAAAGUUUAAUAGAAAAAUACCCCAAUGUAGAUAGCCAGCUUCUUAUAGGAGGGAAAAUUGUUGGUAUCAAUCCUAAAAUAAACAACAUGAUGCUAGCAUAUGAGGCUGCAAAAUAUGAUCUAAUCCUGAUCUCAGAUAGUGGGCUUAGAAUGUCACAAGAUGGCCUAUUAGAUAUGGUUCUGCAUAUAGAACGUGACAAUGUAGGUUUAGUACAUCAAAUGCCCUACGUCUGCGACCGUAAGGGGUUUGCAGGAGUCCUCGAAAAAGUAUAUUUUGGUACACAACAUGCAAAGAUGUACCUUUAUGCCAAUGCACUAGGUAUAAAUUGUACAACAGGCAUGUCUUGUAUUAUGCGCAAAGAAAUUCUUGAAGAUUCAGGAGGCCUGAAAGUGUUUGGACAGUAUCUGGCUGAGGAUUUCUUCCUAGCUCAAGCCACUCUUCAAAAAGGCUGGCAGAUUCUUCUUGCCUCCCAGGUAGCCCAGCAAAACCCUGGCACUUAUUCAGUCACCCAAUUCCAGAAUAGAAUAAUCAGAUGGACUAAAUUGCGUGCAGCCAUGUUACCGCAGUUUAUUUUCCUAGAGCCUCUCUCUGAGUGUCUCACAAUCGGCCUACUUGGCUCAUGGUCAGUGGUGGAGCUGUUUGACUGGAGCCCACUUGGUUUCUUCCUUGUUCAUACCCUGCUAUGGUUCCUACAGGACUAUAUAUUACUUCUUGUUGUAAAUAAUGGCCCCAUAACAUUCACAAAGUUUGACUUCUUAAUAGGCUGGAUAUUUAGAGAACUCACAUCAAUAACAUUAAUGAUCAGGGCGCAUGCCUCUCCCACUAUAGAGUGGAGAUCUAGACGCUUUAAGUUGCAAUGGGGAGGUCUUGUGACAGAACUAAAACCAAAAACCCCGGAAGUUAGCCCAGGGGUAUAUCACCAUAGGAAGACAUUCAGUGUGUAGCGGCCAGCAGCUGUCUCCCAUGUUCCUCAAAUUGGAGUGUUUGUGCCAUCAUCGUGUGCUACAUAUUUACGUUCUAUUGAAAUAGCUGUUUGUGCUACUACUGCUCAAAGUCAUGUCAAUGUC